CCUCGUCCUCGCCCUCGUGCAGGAGGCAUUGUUGCAGUGAAUAAUUGAGGUGAAACUUGCGGAGUUUCUUUUUUUUUGCAGCGGGUUCCAAGCCAAAAGUCGGGCGUGGCUUAUCUUAUCUUAGCGCGAAAAUUCCCACACACAAAGGGAGAAUCGGCCUCAGCGCGGGCACUCCACUUUCUUCGCUGGAAAAAUUGUCCCUCCGAAGAAGUCGAGUCUGCUUUGGAGAGUCUUAGCCUCUCAUCACCUCCAAUCCCUAAACCUCCUCUCUCCUCCCCCUCCUUUCCCCCAAUUUCACCAUGGCCGAAGACUCCUUCCUGCACCUCGCCCGUCCUCUGGGCCCCGUCUCUGUGGGGACCGCUCCGACCACUGCCCCUCUUAACGUGGUCAUCCAGCCGCAGGCUAUCUUCUCGAUUCUCGACCACUCGCUGCGCCGCAACGCCGAUCAGGAACGUGUCAUCGGUACCCUGCUGGGAACACGAUCAGAGGAUGGAGGUGAAGUUGAGGUGCGCUCCGCGUUCGCCGUGGGCCACUCUGAGGCCGAGGACCAGGUCGAGGUCGAUAUGGAAUACCACAAGCAGAUGCUCGCCCUGCACCUGAAGGCCAACCCGCGCGAGGUUCUCGUCGGUUGGUAUGCCACUGCUUCCGAGCUCAACACUUUCUCCGCCUUGAUCCAGAACUUCUACAGCGGUCAGGGUGACGGCACCUGGCCUCACCCCGCCGUUCACUUGACCGUGUCCACCGAGGCCGGCAAGGACCUCGAGACCCGGGCCUACAUCUCCGCUCCCGUCGGUGUCACCGCUGAGCGGGCUGCCGACAGCGCCGCCUUCAUUCCCGUUCCCUACGAGCUGCGAUAUGGCGAGGCUGAUAAGAGCGGUCUCGAGGCCAUUGCCAAUGCCAAGGAUGCCGAGGAGCGCUCUACCACCGUGAUGUCCGACGUUGAGGCGCUCGAGCGCGCGAUCGAGGAGGUUCUGGCUAUGAUUGACCGCGUGUCGCGAUAUGUGGAGUCGGUCAUUGAUGAGGAGGCCCCGGCCUCCACCGCUAUGGGUCAGUUCCUGCUGAACGCUCUGGCUCUUGCCCCCAAGGUCGAGCCCGCGGAUAUCGAGCGGGAUUUCAACAACCACAUCCAGGACGUCCUGGUCGUCUCUUACUUGGCCAACACCGUCCGCACACAGAUGGAGCUGUCCAACCGGCUAGCAACCGCUCAACUUACUCUGGGUGGCGGCGAGGCCACCGCCACCUCUGGCGAGGGCAACCAGCGCAACCAGCGCGGUGGAAAGGGUGGUCGCCAGCAGCGCCAGGAGCGCGCUGCCCCCGAGGAGGCCCGCGCAUAAAGGGACAUUACGACGGAAAAACGAUGCAUGAUGUGACCAACUUUUCCCGUGGAGCCGCAAUACUACCCGCUGAUGUUUCUUUAUGUCUCGUUUUUUUUUUCCUUCAUUAUUUUCGACACUUAUUGGGUUCGUUUUCUUGUUUGUCUCUGUCUGCCAUUUUACUCCCCUUCUCCCUUUCUUAUCUCCUUUGCUAUGCCUCCUCCCUAUCGUCUUCCCCCUCUUGCCAGACAGGACAGAUAAAAGCUCGAGCACGCACCCUCAUCUACCCUCUCUUUCUCCUCUCCGCAUUUCUGUCAUUGUUUUCGCCAGCUGUUUGAUAUCCUAGAACAGUCCCGGUCUGAAUCCUAAAAAAAGCACUGUGGCGUAUCGGAGUCGAUCUGGCUUUAUAGCUCAGAUAUAAAUCGGUCGUUGGGAGGGUGUGAGAUGGUGGAGUACUGCGCGAAAAGCAGAUUCAGCCUGCUGCAGAAGACAUGUCGAGAGGCAGGAUUUUCCGGGCUGCUUAGACCCGGUUUCACGAAGUCGCAUCUUACCUGGGCGCGGCGUUUAGUUAUGAUGAAAUGGACAUAAAAAUGCUAGAGUCUGAGCUGUCUUGGUCGUUGUAGGGUAUGAUGUCAACCGGUGGGAUCAGUAGAUGAUAGUCUUUUAGGACAACCUAGGGGUCUUGUUAGGGCUUGUCCUUCCUCAGUGAUGUGCUCUACUCAUAUCGGUCCCUAGCAUGACAGAACUCCUUGCUAUGUUCUAAUAGGUCUUGUCAUAUAUCGUCUUUUGGCUUGCGUAGCUAGUUUGCCCGGGUCUGGCCCGUAAUACUAUAAGGGACCUCAUGGGUCCAUCGUCUC